AUGGCUGGCCUCACCGAUGAGGUCGUGAGCAAAUCGCAGCAGACCGCUGCUGUUGUCGUCGACGUUCUUGUCGGCCAUGAUGCUCCUGCGCCGGAAGCUUCCGCCCAAAUCCACGCUCAUUUUGACAAGUAUGCCUCUUCCGCAUCGCCGGAGGGUGUGAAGCUUAUGACCCAAGUCGAUUUCAUCGAAGCUAUCACCCCUCCCCCCAAUUCUGUCGCCGCUGCAUACCAUAAGAUUCCUCGCGAGCAAUAUGGUAUUCUUUUCCUCGUCGCAGAUCGCAGUCAGAAAGGCCAGAUUACCGUACAAGACUACGCUUUCUUCGAAAACCUUCUGUCGAAACCAGAUGCUGAAUAUGAAAUCGCAUUCCGUCUCUUUGACCGCGAUGGCACCGGUGUCGUAAAUUUCAAUGACUUCAUCCAGCUAUACAAAGAAAACAAGUCCGCCGAUGCCCUCCCAUUUGAUUGGAACUCUUCAUGGGCUUCUCUCUACCUUGGCGGUCAAAAGGCCCGCCGAGAACUCACCUAUGCCCAAUUCUCACAGAUGUUGCGGGGUGUACAGGGUGAACGUGUCCGACAAGCGUUCCUUCACUUCGACAAAAAGAGCACCGGUCACAUCACACCGGCCGAGUUCGAGGAAAUCAUCGUUAAGACACAAAAGCACAAGCUCUCCGACCACCUUCUCGAAAAUCUUCACACACUCUGCAAUGUGGGACUCAGCUCCAAAAUUUCAUAUGCCCACGUGCGUGCCUUCCAGAACUUAAUGAAAGAUAUCGACCUCGUCGAGGUUAUUGUUCGAAAAGCAAUCUCGAGAUCAAAGGACGGGAGUAUCACACGUGCUGAUUUCAUCAACGAAGCUGCACAAACAUCAAGAUGGGGUACCUUCACACCCAUGGAAGCCGACGUGCUAUUCCAUUUUGCAUCGCUAGACAACCAAACCGGCCGUCUCUCCAUCCAGGACUUCGCCAAAGUCGUCGAUCCAAGCUGGAAACCGAGCGAACGUUUGUCGUCCGAAAAGGCUGCCGCCGCCGUUUCUUCCGGUCCCAAACCUCUCCAAACUGUUCUCAAAAGCAUGUAUAACUUCGGUCUCGGCGCCAUCGCGGGUGCUUUCGGUGCUACCAUGGUCUACCCAAUCGAUCUCGUAAAAACUCGAAUGCAGAACCAAAGAGUUACCGUUGUUGGUGAGAGGCUGUAUCUCAACUCGAUAGAUUGCGCCAAAAAGGUCAUCAAAAACGAAGGGUUUACGGGGUUGUACAGGGGUUUGGGACCCCAGCUUGUGGGUGUGGCGCCAGAAAAGGCGAUCAAAUUGACGGUGAACGAUAUAAUACGAGAUUAUGCGAAGGGAACGGGCCCAGAGGGCAAAGGUAUCAGCCUACCAUGGGAAAUCGUAGCUGGUGGAACUGCUGGUGGUUGUCAGGUCAUCUUCACGAACCCGUUGGAAAUCGUUAAAAUUCGUCUCCAGGUUCAAGGAGAAAUCGCGAAAAAUACCCCGGGGAUGCCUCGUCGUUCCGCUCUAUGGAUUGUAAAGAACUUGGGUUUACUCGGCUUGUACAAGGGCGCCAGUGCGUGUUUGUUGCGUGAUAUUCCGUUCAGUGCGAUUUAUUUCCCGACAUAUUCGCAUAUGAAAAAGGAUUGGUUUGGUGAGAGUGAGACGAAAAGGUUGGGAGUUGCGCAACUAUUGAUCAGCGGAGCUAUUGCCGGUAUGCCCGCAGCAUACUUGACUACUCCCUGCGAUGUCAUUAAAACUCGUCUCCAAGUCGAAGCCCGAAAAGGCGAAACAAGCUACCGUGGUCUUACCCAUUGCGCAAGUACUAUCUACAAGGAGGAGGGGUUCAAGGCCUUUUUCAAGGGUGGCCCAGCCCGUAUUCUCCGAUCAUCGCCACAGUUUGGUUUCACACUCGCAGCGUACGAGGUGUUGCAGAAUAUCGCACCGUUCCCAGAACAUGAUGCAGAUGAUUUGUCUGGAUUAAAUAAGAAGGCCGGAAGGUUACAUGCAACCGGCCUAGGGGAUUUCAGUGGGGAUAUGCCAUGGGUGAGGAGCAGAAACGCUCUAAAGAUUAUUUUGGAUUUGGAUCAAAAUUUUGGGCGAUCAAAGGUUAAGCCAACAGAAGAAGAAUGGAAAAGAAUCAGAGGUCUGGGUGAAAUCUAA